AUGGCGGCAGAGAAGACCCCCCCCAGAGGCCAGAGCCCUGGCCUGGGAUGGAGGCCUCUGCCCCCAGAGCCCAGGGCAGCCCCUCCUGGCCUGUGGAGGGGAGCCACUGCACCGGACCCCUCGCUCAUCCGGCGCCAGCUGGCCCUGGCUGGGGGGCCUGAGGGUGGCCCGCCGCCAGGGGCAGUUGCCUCCCAGCUGGUGACCCCGCGGCCUGGGUGCAAGCGGCCACGGGCCGCCUGCGUCACGCUGUCGGAGGCCCAGGGCUCGCUCCUCUCCCUGCCCUUCCCGCGAAAGCUGUGGGAAAUUGUCAGCAGCCCUCAGUUUGAGUCCAUCCGCUGGCACAGCAGCGGGACCUGCAUUGUCAUCAACCAGAAGCUGUUCGAGAAGGAGAUCCUGGACAGGCAAGGGCCCAGCAAGGUGUUUGAGACCGACUGCAUGAAGAGCUUCCUCCGCCAGCUGAACCUCUACGGGUUCAGCAAAAUAUGGCAGGACGAGUCCACCCCCGUCUGCCUGGACCACGUUUCCACAGAGGAGGCGCCCUCCCAUGAGCCGAGCAAGCUACAGUUCUACUGCAGCCUCUUGUUCCGGAGAGACAGCCCCCAGCUCCUGGCGCGCAUGCAGAGGAGGACCCGCAGCCGGGCUGCGCUCAAGCAGAGGGAGGGCGCGCCGCAGGCCCCGCCGCUCGCCCUGGCCGCCACCUCAGCCACCGCGCGGCCCGAAGCCGCGGGCUCCCGGACGGCAGGUCUGCAGACGCCCGCCCGCGCCGAGCUGCCACUGGACGCGGCUGCCGCCCCGGCCCGCAGGGACCCCGUCCUGCCGACCGCUGCCGGGAGGCCGGCCCAGCCCGCCGCCCGGCCCAUCGCUGCAAGCAGCCCUUACUGGCCCGUGGGGAGCCUGGCCGGGGGACGUCCCAGAGGCCUCAGCGCGCCCACCUCUCAGCUCUCCACGGCCAGCGUGCUGACGUGGUGCCACCCCUUGGGCUCCAUGCCUAUCAUGUCUCCUGGGCCCGCCGGCCCCGGCUUGGCGGUGCCUCAUCUGCCGAGUCCAUUCUGCUGGCCCAGCCCCCGUUAUUUCCCCGCAUACCGUCCGCCUCCCCACGGGCCCGCGGACCGUGCCGAUGACCCCAGAUGA